GGCGCUGCUCUCUGUCGGGAUGUCGGGACUGCCCUUCGCAGCGCUCCUUCUGUGUCUCUGCAUAACGGCGGGGGAGUCCCAGAAGUUUACUAUUACCGUUGAGCACAGCCAGAUAAAUGUCCCCGUUGGGGGUGAUGCGCUUUUUUCAGUGCGGCCGUCGUCCAAGGGCAGAAGUGGAGACUGGUCUAUUUAUGGGAGUUUAGCCGUCUGGUGGAUCGAUCAGACCGUGUCUGUUGACAAUGUUUACAAACCGCGGGCAGAGUUAUUCACCUCCAAUGGGUCGCUUCUGCUGAAAUCGGUGAACGUGCGGGACAGCGGGGAAUACCGUGUGAAUAUGGUUCCAGUCAGUGGCUCCCAAACCUCAGCGACCAUCACUCUGCGUGUUAUUGAACCUGUUUCCAAUGUCACCGUAACAUCUAAUGCCGCCAGACUGAUAGAGUACAAUGACACCGUCACUCUAACCUGCCUCGCAAGAGGCACGGCAGUCUCUUACCUGUGGCUUGAGGAGAAUAGCAUGAUAAUUCCUGGCGGCAGGAUUGAACUAAGUGCGGACAACAGCACACUUAUUGUUUCUGGAGUGCUACGGACAGACGGAACUUUCACCUGCAGAGCAAACAACCUGAUUAGCGAAAUCACAAGCGCUCCGUUUUCUCUCGAUGUCAACUACGGACCGGAUCGUCCACAUAUCAUCACUGAACCGGACUCUACUCUUCACGUUGCCGGAAGCAGCGUAUCGUUAACAUGUUUCACACUGUCGCACCCAGACGCUGAACUGAAUUGGCAACUGAACGGUGCCCAUCUCCAAAGUGGGCAGCUUCUCAUCCUCGACAACAUCUCUGUGAGCCAGACGGGAAGGUAUACUUGUGAGGCUUAUAACAUGCUUACAAUGAAGAAAAAUUCCUCAACCAGGGAAAUUGAUGUUUACGAGCCGGUGACCGGUGUUACUGUGGUGGCCAAUGAUUCCACUCCCCUGGAAAAUCUUGAUACCAUCGCACUGAGUUGUGACGCGUCGGGCCCUGUUCAGGCCCGGGCAUGGUUCAAGGAUAACCAACCCAUCCAGGAAAACAACAGAAUAUUUACAUCAUCCGGGAAGGCGAAACUGAUUAUAAUCAGUGUGAACAGAAACGACGCAGGGACGUACAAGUGCAUCGCCAGCAACUCUUUCAGCAGUGGCUCUGGAGAGACCUACGUGCAAGUUUACUAUGGACCAGAGAUGAUCAGAAUUGUACCGGAGCGUCCAGUUGUGUCCAAUACUGUGUCAAACCUGACAUUAACUUGCUUUGCUCUGUCAGUCCCCUGGGGCAUAUAUGUAUGGUACAACGGGAACAAUCUCCUGCAGACAGGGCAGGAACUCCGUCUUUUGUCAGCCAGAAUGGUUGACGUUGGGAGUUAUACAUGUCGGGUUACUAACCGCGUAACCAACAGGAACAGUAACCUUACUGUCCAUGUCACCGCAGAAGCACCAAAAACAGAUGACAAUAUCACCCUCACCGCCGGCGCGAUCGUGGGCAUUGUACUUGGUUUACUUGGCAUGGGCCUGAUCGGGGGAGUCACUGGAUGGUUCAUCGCAAGGAAAACGAGCGGGAUCAAAGAUCCACCACAAUCCAAAUCCGGAAGGAAGAGCACCUUGGAUACAAAUACCGUGAACACACCGCAAAACUAUGAGAAUUUCCCCAGGAAUGAACAGGGCGCAAGUCACAAUGCACAAGACGAAAACUCCACUUACAUGGAACUUAAUCUGGGCGAUCGAUCUGUUUACAGUGAUCUGAAGAGGUGACGUCACUGGUGAAUGGAAGAGGAUGGUCGGGACGUGGACGGACACAUCAGAAAGACAACCAUCCAGGAUGUUUACUGAAAACCUCUCUGACUAUUUCUUUGCCAUUCUUAAUUCAUAUCUCCGUUAGAUUUCUUCUGCGCGCUCACAGCUUGACGCCGGAGACAUCACUGAAGAUUUUGACUGAUUUGCAUCAUAGAAGCUGAGUUCUCUCACCUCAAGCCAGACUCCUACAUCCGAUACUUGGCACCGUCACACUGCCACAGGCAGCUGCCCUCUCGACAUUUUGGUGCGAUAUACUCUCUAUAAACUCUUCAUCCACAUCAUGGACAGGUGUUUUUUGAAGUUUCCUGCUACCAAACAAUAGAUUUCGCUCACUGAAUACCGCGUCAGCUUCCGAGUAUUCCCGUCCCACCUUCACGAAGUGUCACGGAGGCAGGAGCUCAUUCGGGCUGAGUGGUGGCGAUACGAGCACGGGCAGGAGAAGUGAUUUCCCAAUGAUUUGAAGAUACAUACUCAGCGUUAGCGCUUGGUAAAUGACUAGCAAAUCAACAUUGUUUAUUUGUUCUUCAUUUUCGAUCAAGGAGUAAUGUAAAGAAUGAUAAGGCAUUGCUGUGAGCAAAGAAUUAUCAAAUCCUGGCCUGGACCAUGAACGUGAAAAGAGCAUUGAUAUCGCGAUGACAUAAGAACAUAAGAAAUAGGAGAAGGAGUUAUCCAUCCGGCCCACUGAGCCUGCCCCGCCAUUCAAUCACAUCAAGACCUUUUGCCAUCCCUGAUUCGGAGUACUAGGAGUUGCUGUGUGUUUCAUUUCUGGAUGUCUAGGAGUACACGGCUGUUAUUGUCACAGCGGUGUAUAUUCCUCCGCAGGCUGAUACUGACCUGACUCUCGAGGAACUGUACGAGGCCAUCAGCACCCUGGAGGCUGCGCUCCCGGAGACUGCCUUCAUCGUCGCCGGAGACUUUAAUAGACCGUCACUGCACAAAGUCUCUCCGAAGCUUUGUCAACACAUCCAGGUGAGCUCACGGAGAAAUAGCGCACUCGACACUGCUACUCUCCUUUCCGCCACGCUUACAAAGCGCUCCUUCGCCGCCCAUUUGGAAAAUUGGAUCACUCCUCCAGCUUGAUGCGGCCAAAGCAUAGGCGGAAGCUGAAACUGAAGGCGGCCAUAGACAUUACCGUCCACUGUUGGUCCGACCAAAUCGCCCUCCAUGUUUCACGCCCAGGUCAUCUGUAGAUGUGAACUUCCCAUGAUUCAGCACAUUUCCAAAGACGGAUGUGUAAAACGGGUCCGAAGGAUCAUUGGGGACCCGAGUCACCCCAACCACAAACUGUUCCAGCUGCUACCAUCCGGGAAACGGUACCGCAGCAUAAAAGCCAGGCCCAACAGGCUCCGGGACGGCUUAUUCCACCAGGCCAUCAGACCGGUUAAUUCAUACCGAUGCAGCUUUAUUCCGUUAUAAUGACUAUCUUGUUAUACAUACUAUUUAGUUUAAAUUACUAUAAAUUACACAUUGCAUAUUUAGAAGGAGACAUAAC